AGCUUACCCUGACUCAUGACAUCCGGGCGGCGAGAAUGCUGGGCUGUGAUUGGCUGGCAGGAAUCCCUCCUCGCCUCUGAUUGGCCAAGAGGAAGACUAGGUAUUCAAAACGAGUCUUCCAUUGGUCCCAUCCUUUCCAGUCCCCGCCAAAACUCUCUCAGCUACCAGACGCCGGACGGGAGAGACGUGCUGCCCGACGCUCCCGUAUUUCACGCCCACACCGCCCAUACGCCCGUAAAAAUGGCUGACCAGGAGAUGGAGGGGCAGGACUUCACUGAGGAUUGCUCCGGAGGGGAUUUUCAAGGGAAUGGCAUGGAGAACGGCGAGGGAAUGGCGGUGACGGAGGCCGGGAAGAAGGACAGUGGAGCUGCUGACGCGCCGGGGAGAGAUGACGAUAGGAAGCUGUUUGUGGGCGGCCUCAGCUGGGAGACACAAGAAAAGGAGCUCCGGGAACACUUCAGCAAAUUUGGAGAGAUUGAGAGCAUAAACGUGAAGACAGACCCCAACACUGGCCGGUCCCGCGGGUUUGCCUUCAUUGUCUUCAGCAACAUUGAGGCCAUUGAUAAGGUAAUCAACGAAGCGAACCACGUCAUUAACGGCAAGAAAGUCGACCCCAAGAAGGCGAAGGCACGACAUGGCAAGAUUUUCGUCGGGGGGUUGAAACCGGACCUCUCAGACGACGACAUUAAGAACUAUUUUGGCAAGUUUGGCAGCAUCGUCGAGGUGGAAUUGCCAUUUGAUAAGCAGAAGAACCAACGUAAAGGCUUCUGCUUCAUCACAUUUGAGCAGGAAGCCGUCGUCACUGAGCUUUUAAAGACCCCAAAACAGAAAAUUAACGGCCAUGAGGUUGAUGUGAAGAAAGCCACUCCGAAGCCAGACGCCAUGGGAAUGAUGCGAGGUGGUAUGCGCGGGGCCAUCCGGGGCACUCGCGGGGCAGCAGUGCGUGGCCGGGGUAGAGGGUGGAGCGGAGCGUGGAACCAGGGCGGAUAUGGUGGUUAUGGACAAGGAGGAUAUGGUGAGUGUGGUUAUGACUAUGGGUACAAUGGCUAUGGUGGGUAUGGCGGCUACGGAGGCUAUGGCAACGACUACUAUGGUUAUGGCAGUAGCUAUAGUGGAUAUGGCCCUUACCAGGUGGCGGGCAAGGUUACGAUGGGAAGAGCCAGCGCGGGAGGCAGCAGACGCGGCACCAACCCUACUGACGGGGGACAUGGGCGCCGUGACCACCACCACAACCACCACAACCAGCACCACCACCAACAACACCACUAUAACCAGCAGCAACAUCAUCAGCAUCAGCAUACAUUGAACGGCACGGCUUACUGAGAGUCUAAGGUCAACACAUGGACCAUAUGACCUCAAAACCGCCUUGCUGAGUGACCUAACCUGACCUCAGAGAGUUAUAGUACCCGCCAAUAUCUCCCUCUUCCUCCUCCUCUUCUCCUCUUCCUCUUCCUCUUCGUGUCUAGUGUUGCCACCUUAUCUAAAAAAAAUAUUUAUACAAAAAAAACUGAAAAAUGACUUGUGAUUUUGCCCACGAGUGACAAAAAAAGUAUAAAAGCAAAAAAAUUCUGUAUUGUGGAGCAUUCCUGGUGUACAGAGGGACUUUCUGUACAGUGCGGACUUUCUACACUCCAGAAAACCACACACAAAAACAACACAAAAUACAUAUGACCUUUUUUUAUCGUUUGUGUUUAUUUUUAAUAUAUUUCAAGGCUGUAAAUGUAUGAAUAAAUCCGAUUUUUGUGUA